UAUAUAAUUUUUACGCAUAUAAAAGUUAAAUGAGGAAAAAAAAAAAAAAUGAAGGGAGGGAGUAACAACGAAGGAUAAACUAAUUGUCUUUUGUGAUUUCAUGCUUAAUUUUCCAUUUUUUUUUGGAAAAUUUUAACAGUCGUUUUCAAAUAUUGAAAGAAAGAUGAAUCUAAUAAUUUCUACAAUAUUUCCCGUUCCCUCCCAAAAUCAUAAAAGUAACAAUCUCUAAAAUGCACACAAUAGAUUGAACCCAUUAACGCGCCAAUUUCGAGCGAGAAAAACUGCAAAAUUACGAUUAAUUAAGAACCAUGAAAAAUCUCCUACAAUUUGGGAGUAAUUUGCAAUGAUUGAUGAAAAUCAACGCGAAGUUACAGGGCUAAUUGCAGAAUGUCACUCCCACUUCUUUGCCGAAGAGAGAGAAAAUUACUAUUCUCAACUCCAUUUCCAACCACCAAGAAGAGGAAGAAGAAAAUAAUCGAAUGAUUUUUCUCUGAUUUUGGAGGAUUAUAACCCUAAUUGGAGAAAUUUGGGCAAGGGUUUUGAUUGGUAAACGUUUUAUUGAUGAAUAUGAUUGCGAAUUUUGGCAAUAUUUGAUUGAGUUUUUGAUACCUAAAAAUGGUUUGAUUGCGUCCGUGUCCUUCUUAUGUUGCUGUGGGGAGAUACCAAGGUCAUGUCAUGUACAUAGUGAGGAGCAAUCUAACUUUAUCUUUUGCAUCAAAAGCUAGUAAUCAUGUAGCCUUGAGUUAUGUUUAUUGUAAUCUCAAUCAAAAAAUCUAUCUGAUGUUGAUUAGUCCUUUGCCAAAUGGGGAAUGCACCACAAGUAAACAGAAUCAAAAUAUAAAGAAGCUAUUCUAUCCGAGGACAUAAAGUUGUGCUAAUUGCUAAGUCCUGGACUUUAGCUUAUUCACUUCGUCUCAGGCACAGCUGCUAGUGUACAGUGUGACAUGUACAAAGGUACUCCAGUUAACAUAAAAGCAGGCUCUCAUGUCUGGGUUGAGGACCUAAAAUCAGCUUGGAUUGAUGGACAAGUUAUAAAAAUAAAUGGACAAGAAGCUGAAAUUGAAACUUCAGAUGGAAAUAAGGUUGCUGCAAAAUUGUCAAACUUAUAUCCCAAAGAUAUGGAAGCUCCUCCAGCUGGGGUUGAUGACAUGACCAAGCUGUCUUAUUUGCAUGAGCCAGGUGUUUUACAGAACCUGCGCACUAGAUAUGAGUUCAACGAAAUCUAUACUUAUACUGGAAAUAUACUCAUCGCAAUAAAUCCGUUUCAAAGACUGCCUCAUCUCUAUGAUUCUCACAUGAUGCAACAAUACAAAGGGGCACCCUUGGGUGAGCUAAGUCCUCACGUUUUUGCAGUGGCUGAUGUUGCUUACAGGGCAAUGAUAAAUGAGGGGAAAAGCAAUUCGAUUCUUGUAAGUGGUGAAAGUGGAGCUGGGAAAACUGAGACUACAAAGAUGCUGAUGCGAUACCUUGCUUAUUUGGGGGGUCGCUCAUCAACUGAGGGACGCACGGUUGAGCAACAAGUUCUUGAAUCAAAUCCAGUUCUUGAAGCAUUUGGAAAUGCUAAAACAGUCAGAAAUAAUAAUUCCAGUCGCUUUGGUAAAUUUGUGGAGAUCCAGUUUGACAAGCGUGGAAGAAUAUCAGGGGCCGCUAUCAGAACUUACCUUUUAGAAAGAUCUCGUGUUUGCCAAGUCAGUGAUCCUGAGCGUAAUUACCAUUGUUUUUAUCUGCUUUGUGCAGCACCUCAGGAGGAGAUAGAGAAGUACAAACUAGGAAGUCCAAAAACAUUCCAUUAUCUUAAUCAGUCAAAGUGCAUUGACUUGGUUGGCGUGAGUGAUGCAGAAGACUAUCUUGCCACUCGAAGAGCUAUGGAUGUUGUUGGAAUCAGUGAAAAGGAGCAGGAAGCAAUUUUUAGAGUAGUUGCUGCAAUUCUUCAUCUUGGAAAUAUCGAUUUUGCUAAAGGAAAGGAGAUAGAUUCCUCUGUUAUAAAAGAUGAUAAGUCAAGAUUUCAUCUCAACGUUGUCUCAGAACUUCUCAUGUGUGAUGCUCAGGCAUUGGAAGAUGCGUUACUGAAACGUGUCAUGAUUACCCCUGAAGAAGUCAUAAAAAGAAGUCUUGAUCCUCUGAAUGCCACAGUUAGCAGGGAUGGCUUAGCUAAGACAAUCUACUCUCGUCUCUUUGACUGGCUUGUUGAUAAAAUUAAUGUAUCAAUUGGACAGGAUUCAAAUUCAAAGUCCUUGAUUGGUGUCCUUGAUAUCUAUGGUUUUGAAAGUUUUAAGCAUAACAGCUUUGAGCAGUUUUGCAUUAAUUUUACAAAUGAAAAGCUUCAGCAACAUUUUAACCAGCAUGUCUUCAAAAUGGAGCAAGAGGAGUACACAAAAGAGAAGAUUGAUUGGAGCUACAUUCAGUUUGUCGACAAUCAAGGUGUUCUUGAUCUUAUAGAAAAGAAACCAGGCGGAAUAAUAGCUCUUCUGGAUGAGGCUUGUAUGUUCCCCAAGUCAACUCCUGAGACAUUUGCAUCAAAGCUUUAUCAGACUUACAAAAAUCACAAGCGCCUUCUCAAGCCAAAGCUUUCAAGAACAGACUUCAUUAUUUCUCAUUAUGCUGGGGAGGUCCUAUAUCAAUCAGAUCAAUUUUUGGACAAAAAUAAGGACUAUAUGGUGCCUGAACAUCAAGACCUGGUAACAUCUUCCAAAUGUCCAUUUGUAGCAGGCCUUUUUCCUCCAUUGGUUGAGGAGACAACAAAAUCUUCAAACAAAUCUUCUAAGUUUUCCUCUAUAGGCUCUCGGUUUAAGUUACAACUGCAACAGCUGAUGGAGAUACUAAGCUCAACAGAACCUCAUUACAUAAGAUGUAUAAAGCCAAAUAAUCAUCUUAAGCCUGCUAUUUUUGAGAAUGUGAACAUCUUACAACAAUUGCGUUGUGGCGGGGUCCUAGAGGCAAUCAGAAUCAGUUGUGCAGGUUACCCUACUCGUCGUCUUUUCUUUGAGUUUAUUAAUAGAUUUGGACUCCUUGCUCUAGAGGCCUUAGAAGGGAAUUAUGAUGACAAAGUUGCAUGUGAAAAAAUAUUGGAAAAGAAAGGGCUAAAAGGUUACCAGAUAGGCAAAACUAAAGUGUUCCUGAGAGCUGGUCAGAUGGCUGAAUUGGAUGCCCGAAGAGCCGAGGUACUCAGCAAUGCAGCAAAGAUUGUACAGAGACGUAUGCGAACUUAUUAUGCCCGUAAACAGUUUAUUGCAUUGCGUGAGGCAGCAGAGUGCAUACAAGCAUCUUUGAGAGGAAACCUUGCUUGCAAAUUGUUUGACAAAAUGAGAAGGGAAGCAGCCGCUACAAGAAUUCAAAAGAAUGCACGUAAAUAUCAAGCUAAGAAUAAGUAUAAUAAACUUCGUGUCGCAGUUCUAGCCUUGCAAAUGACUUUACGGACAAUGGCUGCUCAUAAAGAAUACCACAUUAGAAGGCAAAACAAAGUGGCAACUCUUAUUCAGAGCCGAUGGUGUUGCCAUAGAGCUUCUUCAUACUAUAAAAAGCUAAGGAAAGCAUCCUUAGUUACACAAUGUAGAUGGAGGGGAAGACUUGCAAAACGAGAACUAAGAAAGCUCAAGAUGGCGUCAAGAGAAACAGGGGCCCUCAAGGAAGCAAAGGACAAGCUUCAGAAGAAAGUUGAGGACCUAUCAUUGCGUUUACAGCUAGAAAAACGGUUGCGGACUGAUAUAGAGGAAGCAAAAUCCCAGGAAAUAGCAAAACUGCAAACUACUGUGCAAGCUAUGGAGAUCAAAAUAGAUGAGACAAAUUCAUUACUUGCUAAGGAACGAGAAGCUCUGAAACAGGCCCAUGAAGAAGCACCCCCUAUUGUCAAAGAAACUCCAGUAUUUGUUGAAGACACAGAAAAACUAAAUUCUAUGAAAGCAGAAGUGGAAAAUUUUAAGGCCUUAUUUGAAGCAGAAAAACAAAGAGCUGAUGAAUCUGAUCGGAAACUUGUUGAAGCACAUGAAUUGAAUGAAGCGAGGCUUAAAAAGUUGGAUGACUCAGAUAGAAAGGUCCUGCUGCUCCAACAAUCCCUCAAUAGGCUAGAAGAGAAGAUUGCCAAUUUGGAAUCAGAGAAUCAAGUUCUUCGCCAACAAGCUGUCUCAUUGUCAUCCAAUAAGUUCACCUCAGGUCGCCAAAGAUCGGUUGGUUCUUCAGGUAUACUCGGUGAUGAAUACUGAAUACUCACUCUAUCUGAAAAUAGCCUUGAUUUGCAUAGCCCUUCCAUGAAUCAUAGAGAAACUGAAGUAGAAGAGAAACCACAAAAAUCUCUUAAUGAGAAACAGCAAGAGAAUCAGGAAUUGCUUAUUCAAUGUAUAGUGCAGCCUCUGGGGUUUGCAGGGAACAGACCUAUAGCUGCCUGCUUAAUAUACAAAUGCCUUCUCCAUUGGAGAUCAUUUGAAGUGGAGCGAACUGGUAUUUUCGACCGAAUUAUACAGACAAUUGGUCAUGCUAUUGAGGCCCAGGAUAACAAUGAUGUACUGGCUUAUUGGUUGUCAAAUGCGUCAACUCUUCUUCUGCUGCUGCAACACACACUGAAGGCAAAUACCGCGGCUGGAAUGGCACCACAGCGCCGCAGGACGUCAUCAGCUACUCUUUUUGGGAGGAUGAGCCAGAGUUUUCGAGGAAUUCCACAUGGAGUUAGUCUUGCCUUUGUCAAUAAUGGCAUGACUGGUGGUACAGAUUCUCUGCGCCAAGUUGAAGCCAAGUACCCGGCUUUGCUUUUCAAGCAGCAGCUUACAGCAUACGUUGAAAAGAUUUAUGGAAUGAUUCGAGACAAUCUUAAGAAAGAAAUUUCUCCACUGCUUGGAUUGUGCAUCCAGGCUCCCCGAACAUCAAGGGCAAGUUUAGUCAAGAGUUCAUCACGUUCAGUUGCAAGCACUGCAGCCCAGCAAUCGUUGAUUGCUCACUGGCAAGCAAUUGUUAAAAGUCUCAGGACUUUCUUGAACACAUCGAAAGCAAAUCAUGUGCCUCCAUUUUUGGCACGAAAGGUAUUCACACAAAUAUUCUCAUUCAUCAAUGUUCAAUUAUUCAACAGCCUUCUAUUAAGGCGUGAAUGCUGUUCAUUUAGUAAUGGUGAAUAUGUUAAGGCCGGUUUGGCUGAGCUUGAACAUUGGUGUUACCUUGCAACAGAAGAGUAUGCAGGUUCAGCCUGGGACGAACUGAAGCAUAUUAGGCAGGCUAUUGGUUUUCUGGUCAUACAUCAGAAGCCAAAGAAAUCCUUGGAUGAAAUUAGCCAUCACCUCUGCCCUGUUCUAAGUAUACAACAGUUGUACCGGAUAAGCACAAUGUACUGGGAUGACAGGUAUGGCACCCAUAGCGUGAGUCCAGAGGUUAUAUCUAAUAUGAGGGUCCUAAUGACGGAAGACUCAAACAGCGCAGUUAGCAGUUCUUUCCUGUUGGAUGAUGAUUCAAGUAUUCCAUUUUCUGUUGAUGACAUAUCAAAAUCAAUGGAAAAAACAGAUAUCUCAGACGUUGAACCUCCUCCUCUUAUUCGCGACAAUUCGGGAUUCAGCUUCCUGCUGCCUCGUUCUGACUAGUUACUUUCACUUGUUCAAGAUAGCACAAUUUUUUUUAUCAUCUUGUUUUUGAGUCUAGCACAAAUUUUCUGAAAAAAUAGAUAGGUUUGACGUAUUAUUUUUGCUUUUACACUAGCUUUCUAGUGUAGUUCAAUAUCCAGAUUCCUAGAAUAUCUAUAAUUCCUCAGUUUUACAGAGCUUCAGUUGGAGCCUUUGGGAUUUCAUAAAAACAUAGUCCUUCCUGGCUGUAGUUGUACAGGCAAUAUGAAAAUGAAAAUCGUGUAGAUUUUUGCUGUC